AUGACACCGUUUCCAAAAGUCAUUAACCCAGUUAAGUCGGAGACCGUGGAUCCACCACCACCCCAACAUUCAAAAGCCAUUAACCCAGUUAAGUCGAAGUCCGUGGAUCCGCCACCACCCCAAUAUUCAAAAGCCAUUAACCCAGUUAAGUCGAAGUCCGUGGAUCCGCCACCACCCCAAUAUUCAAAAGCCAUUAACCCAGUUAAGUCGAAGUCCGUGGAUCCGCCACCACCCCAAUAUUCAAAAGCCAUUAACCCAGUUAAGUCGAAGUCCGUAGAUCCGCCACCACCCCAACAUUCAAAAGCCAUUAACCCAGUUAAGUCGAAGUCCGUAGAUCCGCCACCACCCCAAUAUUCAAAAGCCAUUAACCCAGUUAAGUCGGAGGCCGCCACCACCCAGCAUCCUCUGUUUGAAUACCCAUGCUGGAUUGUAUUGGAUAACGUGCCUAUAUCCAAUUAA